GAGUUCAUCUGCCCAGAUCUUCUCCCCACUGGCUUGGUCUCUCCCCACUCCUUUACCAUGGCCUGUGAUGGUCUGCAGGCCUCUCCAGACUUCCCUGGCAUUAUUCUCCUUCAGCCGCUUCUCCAGUUUCCUCCUGUAGCAGUCCUUCCCCUUCCUGAUCUUGUGCCGGAGUUCCCUCUGGACUCUGCACAGCCCCUCCUUGUCCCCCCGAGUUGAAGACCCUCUUCUUCUUGUUCAGCAGGGCCUUAAUCUCAGAGGUCACCCAGGAUUUGUUGUUGGGAAAUCACCGCACCAACUUGGAGGGCACAGUGUUCUCCACACAGAAGUUUAUAUAGUCUGUGAUGCAGUGAGUCAUGCUGUCAACGUCACUGCCAUGGGGAGUACAGAGCGCUUCCCAGUCUGUUGUCUGGAAGCAGUCUCUGAUCCUAGCACUGCUCUCCUCAGACCACUGCUUCACAGGCCUCUUCACAGGGGGUGUGUCCGAAUGAAUGCUAUGUAGCUAUUUUCACUGGCAUGUUGCCAGUACUCAGGUUAUGUACACAACUAUUUAGGAAUGAUGGAAUACAAUUAGGAUUUCAACUACUUGAUUACUUGUAAACUUAGUAAAUGUGAAUGUCAGGUACUAACCAUUAAUAUUUACAGUAGGAUUUCAGUUGACCAGUUGGAUUUUUUACACACUGCUCAAAUAAAUCAAGCGAACACUUAAACAACACAAUGUAACUCACCGUCAAUCACGCUUCUGUGAAAUCUAACUCAAAUAAAAAAAAUUUAAAUCAUAAUUUUGUGUUCCCUUUAUUUUUUUGAGCAGUGUGUUAUAUGCUUUAUAACGAGCCAGUAUCAGAGUCGUUCAUACCCAACUCAGGGAGCGACACUUUCCUUUUGUCGGAGGUACUAAUGGCAGGAGAGAGUUAGACCACAACUCCGCCCAGGCUUAGUGUAAGGAACCAAUAGGAGGAGGGUGUUGGCACACCAAUUCCGCCCACUCUUACUGUAUUUAAGGCCUAGGCUACCAGCACUUAUUAGUUCGCUGACGAAACUCUUCGGAUGAGGAGCGAAACGUCCGACACCUUCUUCACAGAAGUACAGAUGACGUCUCAAGAAGCCUUUCCCUCGAUGGUGAAAGAAAAAGGCUAAAAAUACACUAGAGUAUGGGAGAAAGUUAGAUGGUGCCUUCAAGGACCGUCCGGCCGCUCACAUCAAACAUGCAAAAUGUGGGAUAUCAUUUUUCACCAAAAUAAUGGCCACAUUUCCAAAAGUUCCACACCUUUUGAUGUAAAUGAUGAUUUGUUAUCAUUGUGCCUGAAGGUUUCCCGCCGCCUGUACAGCAUGUUCUUUUACACAUUUGAAAAUACUGUCAGAAAGCCACUUUGAUCGUAAGAUUCACGUCUACAACAAAUGGAACUGUGGAAUCGUAUCGUUUGUACUGUUGUGUUUUUAAAAUAUAUGGCUUUUGAAUUGUAUCUUAACUGGUGUACCUAGAUGUGCAUCCAAUCAUUGACCACAGAGAUUUACAUCCCUACUUAUUAUUGAUAAACACUUCAUCUACCUGCGCUUAAUUAGGACUUACUAUGGACAACAUGCGCUUCAUCACGCUUCAAUGUUUCAAUUGAUUGACAGCCAUCACACAACACACAACUUGAAACAUGAGGAAGGUAGACAUACCAGGCAAGAAGCCUCAAAAGGCAUUUAGCCUCCUAAUGAUCCUAAUCACCAUCCUCUUCAGCUUCAUCUUUGGACUCAUCUACAUCCUACUGGUGUCUGUACCACCUAACCUGCAGAAGCAUACAGGACCUAUGGACAAGCAGGAAGUUGAAGUAGCACCAAAAACCGUGGAAGCUGAGACUCUGCCCACAGCUGAGGAGGCUGCACAAACAACAACUAUGGAAACUGAGGUGCCGUCCACAUCUGUGGACAUGCAGGACACUGAACAAGCCCAAGUUGUCUUCCAGAUGCCGUCCACAUCUGUGGACAUGCAGGACACUGAACAAGCCCAAGUAAAGACCCUGGAAGAACGCGUGCGCAUGUUGGAGUCUUGUCUUCAGACUCUAAUUCGUGGUCUGACCCAGCUGAAUGACAAUGCAGCAAAGGCCAAGGAUGUUGAGACUCUAAUACGUGAUCUGACCCAGCUGAAUGACGAUGCAGCAAAGGUCAAGGAUGUUGAGUUGCUGAGAGAUCGUGUGGCUAAGGUGGAGAAAGAGACAGACACCGCCAAGAAUCUAACUGCACGUGUGGACGACCUGAAGUUUGAAAACCACAACACCAUUAAGGCUCUGGAAGAACGAAUAAACGAUCAGUUCACACUCACAGCAAACACCCACCAGGAUCUAACUACACGUGUGUGCAAGCUGGAUGCCAUGUCAGACAAACGUAAGGUGUGGUUUUCAGCAAGAGGGGGCAACAGAAAGACAGAUGAUGACAAGGUGAUCUUUGGCUUAACGCGCACCAACGAGGGUGACGCCUAUAAUGCCACUACAGGCAUUUUCACAGCCCCCUACAAGGGCGCCUACUUCUUCACCUUGACCUACUGCUCGCAUGGUGGGGAGAUUAAUGUAAGUGUGUAUAGGGAGGAGAAGAAUGGGUACAUUGAGUGGCUGAUGGAGCUGUAUGACACCACCGAGACCAAAGGGAAGAAAUACAUGGCCUCCACCAGCAGGAUUGUUGACCUGGAAAAGAAAGACAAGGUGUAUGUCGAGUCUUAUAAUGGCCAUGAACUUACAGCUGGUUAUGCUAACAUGUUCAGUGGCUUCCUGGUGCAUCCCAUGUAAAGUGGAGGCGGGGGCAUCCAUCCAUGAUAUCACGGAUAUCAGGGCAGUAUCGUUAUGGAUGGAUGCUUUGAUGUGUAUUCCAUGAUAUCCGUGUGGCUAACGUUCCACGUGCGUUUAUGGAUAUUUGAAGGGCGUACAGUUGGCGUGUGGGCUGAUGCCACCUACUGGUAACGCUUGUCAUAUUUACUAGUAUUCUGCUCUAUAUUGUUUUCCUAAAGGGACUGUUUGCCAACAUCUCGCCCUCUUCCUGUGUUGGCCACAUAAGCCACGCCCCACGUAAGGCUAUUGCUAACAUGCUAGCUGCGGGUGAUCUAUUUGUUCCCUUGAAAUGCUGUCAUGAUUUGCCAAACAUGUGCCCUGCUAAUAGAUCUUUUUCUUGGAUCAUUCUGUAUAUGAUGCCAACAUACUGGAUGCCAGCGGACGUGUCCUUUCUUUGCAAUCAAUA